AUGACACCUGAAAUGAUUCGACAGCAGAAAAAGUCGGAAGAGGCGACGCGGGUACCAUUGGACAAGCGAGGAUACGACACAAAGAGCUUGCUUGUAGCAUUUGGGAGAAGUAAGUGCGAAACAAAACUCCCUGACGUCGAUACGCUCAGCUGGGAAGAAUUAUUCCGACUCAACGGCCAAAAGCUGGACAAGAUGGGUCUCACCGUCCAGGAAAGAAGGUAUCUCCUGUGGUGUCUCGAAAAGUUUCGACAAGGCGAAGAUCCAAAGGUGUAUGCGCGAGAGCCACAGCCAAAGAAGACGCAGAGAGGGUUGUGGGGACCGCCGAUCCGUAAGAAGACUGACACACUUAAACUCCUCUCGCCAGCGUCGAGUCUUUUCAACCAAGUCUACUCCAACUCUCAAAUUCACCACGUCAAUGCUCCGUUCAACAGCACGCACUCUUCGCACGACGGCUCCUCGCCGAUUCUAUGCCACCCGGGUCCUCAACCGACAAUGACCAAGCCCGCCAGCAAUCCACCAAAGACGGGCAACAGUACAGUCCCGCUAGUCGUCGCUGCAAUCGCUGUAGCAGGCGGUGGAUGGUACUAUCUCAGUAGCACCGGCAAAGACGACGAGCUCAAGGCCAAAGCAAAAGAACUCCAGCAUUCUGCCGAAGCAAAGGGUGAGAAAUGGAAGAAGGAAUGUGAGGCAUCCUCCAGAGCACAAAGGUACAAAGAGGGCGAGGCCAAGCUUGACAAGGCGAAAUAUGAGGCUGAAAAGCAUGGACAUGAUGCUCAGAACGCUCUCCGUGGCUACGAGCAGGCACGCAACAAGGCAGAGGAGGCGGUUGACAAGACAAAGGCUGCAACAGAACAAACCGUCGAGUCUGCAAAAGCCACUGGAUCUUCGUGGUGGUCAUGGGGCUCGGGCAAGGCCGAGGAUGCCAAAGAGAAGAGUGCUGCAGGUGUUCGGGAUACAGCAUCAAAGGUCGAAAAGGAGGCGAACAAACGCACCUAG